GAGUGAGUGAGAGAGCGUGUGUGUGCGUGUGUGAGUGAUCAAUCGCUCUUUCUCCAUCUCUGUGGCGUAGGAGGCGUCUGUCAAACCUGUGGAGCGUCUGUGCGUCCUCUCUGGCUGUGUCUGUCGGUCCGUGGAAGACACUACACCCGUCGUCUUCAGAGGAGCUGAAGUUUUGAGACCAUAAACCCGUUUUUUCUGCUCUUUGUGGGAUUCUCCGGUGUGAUCCCGGAAGACUCAUCACAAUUUUUGCCUGGGAGGAAGUUGAAGCAAACAGGUCUGUGCGCGUGUUAUUUAGGAGCCAAUCAAGCCGCCAUGGACGCGUUAAUGAAGGGUUUCUCUAAAGCCAAGGAUGGGGUCGUGGCAGCGGCGGAGAAAACCAAGCAGGGAGUGACUGGAGCGGCUGAGAUGACGAAGGAUGGAGUUAUGUUUGUUGGAACUAAAACAAAGGAUGGAGUCUCCACAGUUGCUGGUAAAACUGUGUCUGGAGUGUCUCAGGUGGGUGGAGCAGUGGUUACCGGGGUUACCGCUGUGGCCCAGAAAACUGUGGAGGGUGCUGGGAAUAUUGUCGCUGCCACUGGAUUGGUCAAGAAAGAUCCAGCCAAACAAGGUGAAGACCCCUCAGCAGUAUCAAAUGCCGCAGAGUCACCAGUUGAUACUGACCCAGCUGAGGUCACAGAGGAGGACACCGACGAGUAAAUGGCUUGAAAGCUUCACAAUCGAAGAUCAGUGACCGAAACAUUCCAUGUUGCUCUGCCAAGUCCCGUCGUGCCUCAUUUUUUGGUCCAUCGUGGCGUCUGUGCUCAGCAUCUGUGCGUUUCUGUUUGCGUGUAUGUCUUAAUGUGUGUAAACGCGACUGAGAAAUGUUGUUUAAGCAUAUUUAUCUGUCCUCUGUCCUGAAAGGCACCUCAGGUGUGUGUCAUCUGUGUACAGCUGUCAUUUACAGUGAUUCCCUCCCACUGAGAAGGCCACCUGAUCACAUUCUGUGUGUGUGUGUGUGUGUGUGUGUGUGUGUGUGUGUGUGUGUGUGUGUGUGUGUGUGUGUGUGUGUUCCUUCCUGUUGACUGUGUGGCUAUACAAGUAACUCAAAUAUGGAAAUAAACUACAAACACCUAAGUGUCUCUAUAUAAAUGAAUAAUUUACAGUGAUAUAUUUACGAUGGAAACAUAAUGAUAUUCUCUAUUUUUGUCCGUAAACUGUUUUUUUGUGAUGGACUAUAAAGUGCUGAGCUCUUUGUGCAUUCAUAUUGUAUUUUUUAGCAUGUAAACUACAAUUCAGCUUAACUGCUGUCAUGAAUUUAUUUGGACUUAAAUGUUGAAUAAAAUAUGUAAAGAGUG